GUGGGAGCCCUCGCCCUUGCCCCCUCGGGCUUUUGGGCUACGAAGAGUGUUGACCCGACAGCCGUGGGAGUUGGGCCACUGCCAGAAAGGAUGUUUUAUGUAAGCCAAAUGUGGUGCUGGCGUUGGAAAUGGAAGGGGCAGCAUCUUCUUACCUUACUUGCCGUGUAUGCUAUUUGCUCUCACCAGUCAGUUCUGGGCUGUGCCUUCUGCAGAGUCGUGCUCUCUAAGCCAUCCGGGACCUUUACGUCUCCAUGCUAUCCCAACGACUACCCCAACAGCCAGGCCUGCAGGUGGACCCUCCGAGCCCCCACCGGAUACAUCAUUCGAAUAACGUUUCAUGAUUUUGACAUUGAAGAAGCCCCUAACUGCAUUUAUGACUCACUGUCCCUCGACAACGGAGAAAGCCAAACCAAAUUUUGUGGUGCCACUGCCAAAGGUUUAACGUUUAACUCAAGUGGAAAUGAGAUGCAUGUGUCCUUUUCAAGCGACUUUAGUAUCCAAAAGAAAGGCUUCAAUGCCAGCUACACAAGAGUUGCUGUGUCCCUGCGGAAUCAAAAAGUCAUUGUUCCCCAGCCCAAAGAUGCUAACCUGGUGUCUGUUGCGAAAAGUGUCUCCAUUCCAGAUCUCAGCGCAUUCACUGUAUGCUUCGAAGCAAUCAAAACUGGCAAUAAAAGCAGUGCCUGGAAGGCCUUCACUUACUUAGAUCCUUCAUCAACAGAAUUACUCAGUUUUGGGAAGGCUAGAAAUGGCCACUUCCUGUAUAUCUUAGGUUCAGAGUGCUUGCUAGACAGAGGACUAGGUGUGAAAUUAGAUGAAGACAUUUUCACAGGGUCCUUUGAGCAACUGUGCCUCCUUUGGAAUAGUUCAUCAGGUUCUGUAAGUGUAAAUUUCAAAAACAGCUAUGAAACAAUACCUUGCACUUCUGCUGUUAACAUGGUUCUUCCGGGGAGUGGGAAAUUGGUUUUGGGCUCCAACAAAAACGGAAUAAACUCUUUAAAUGGAGACAUUUACAACUUUCGCUUUUGGAAUUUCACCAUGAAUUCCAAGGACUUGUCCAACCUUAGCUGUGAUGUGAAAGGGAACAUUGUAGACUGGCAGAAUGAGUUCUGGAGUAUCCCAAUAUCACUUCUGAAAGCUGAGAACAACCUAAGUUGUGGUUCAUACUUGAUUCCAAUUCCUGCAUCAGAAGUGAUGAGCUGUGCCCAACUAGGAAAUGUUUGCCAAGCCACUGUAAAAUCUACUCCUACUACAUCACCCACAGUCACAACUAACAUGCCUGUUAUUAACAGAAUUGGUAAUCGAAGGAAUGAUGGAGUAUUUUACCGGAUUUCCAUUAUUGUUCAUAAUGUACUGCGUGAAUCAGACGUAAAAGUACAGACCAAAGUUGCAGAAUGGCUCAAUUCAACUUUACAAAAUUGGAAUUAUACUGUCUAUGUGGUCAAUAUCAGUCUUCAGACGAGCACUGGCGAGGAGAAAAAAGUCAAAAGAAAUGUCGACAGUGAUCAGAGGUUUAUGAUUUGGGCCCUUUUGGUUUAUAAUGCUACCAACAAUAUCAGCUUGGAAGGGAAACUCAUUCAGCAGAAACUCUUACAAAGUAAUGGUUCCCUAGGAGAUGGAUUGAGGUUGUUCAUGGUCAAUGUCAAGCAAAUUGGCGACUGUUCCAUUGAAGAAAACCCCCAUAGCUAUAUCUGGUCAGCCAUUUCAGUAGGACGCACCUCUAAGCUACCCUGUCCUGGAAAACCUGGUUAUUUUGCAUACAGAAACUGCACUAUUGAUAGCACUACUGGUAAUUCCAAAUGGGGAGAGCCUAAAUUAGAAGAAUGUGCUGGAAGUUCAGAUGAGCUAGCCAAUGAACUUCUCAAUCUUACUAGUGAAGGACAGAGUCUAACCUCAGACAAUAUCACCAAUAUCAUUGGGAUGCUCAAAAAAAUCGUGAAUAAUGAAGAAAACAUUGAUGAAUCUCUGGGAUCAACUGUAAUGAAUGUUUUUUCCAACAUUCUGACUAGUUCAGACAGAGUAUUGCUAGCAUCAUCUUCUAAAGCUUUAAAAACAAUUGAUGAGUUAGCCCUUAAGAUACAACUAAAUGAGACACCUGUCAGUAUCUCCACACGGAAUCUGGCCUUGGGGGUGUCAUCCUUGAUUGCAGGGACAUACAAGGGUUCAAUGUUCAGUAUCAGUCUCCAGAACAACGCUUCCAAUUUUCAGAUGGAUUUUGAGACAGUUCAAGUGAAUCCCCUGGCUUCUGUCAUCCUUCCCCAAAGCUUACUUCAGAACUUAAGUGUAGAAGAACGGGAAUCUGUUAAGAGGGCUCAGUUCACUUUUUUUAAUAAAACUGGACUAUUUCAGGAUGUAGAAACACAGAGUGGCAAUUUAGUGAGUUAUGUGAUGGCGUGCAGUAUUGGGAACAUGAGUAUCCGGGAUCUUCAGGAACCUGUCCAGGUUAUAAUUAAACAUACAAGAACUCAGGAGGUACUUCAUCCCAUCUGUGUCUUCUGGGAUUUAAACAAAAACUCGGGGGCUGGUGGCUGGAACACCUCAGGUUGCGUUGUGCAUAGGGACUCAGACGAAAGUGCGACAGUGUGCUUAUGCAACCACCUCACCCAUUUUGGCGUUCUGAUGGACCUUCAGGGAACAGCUUCACAAAUAGAUGCCAGAAACACAAAAGUGCUUACCUUUAUUACUUACAUCGGUUGUGGAAUUUCUGCCAUAUUUUCAGCUGCUACUCUUUUAACAUACAUUGCUUUUGAAAAGUUACGAAGAGAUUACCCAUCUAAAAUCUUAAUGAACCUAAGUACGGCCCUGUUGUUCCUUAAUUUGGUUUUCCUUCUUGAUGGCUGGAUCACAUCAUUUAAUAUUGAAGGACUCUGUAUAGCGGUUGCUGCCCUUCUGCAUUUCUUUCUCCUGGCAACCUUUACAUGGAUGGGUCUGGAAGCAGUCCAUAUGUACAUUGCUCUAGUAAAAGUGUUCAACACUUACAUCCGUCGCUACAUAUUGAAAUUCUGCAUUAUUGGUUGGGGUUUGCCUGCUCUAGUGAUAACGAUCGUUCUAGCAAGUACAAACACAAAUGCAAAUCGCAUCUAUGGAAAAGAGUUAUAUGGCAAAAGCACUAAAGGACAAGGAGAUGAAUUCUGUUGGAUAAAGGAUCCGGUGGUUUUUUAUGUGACUUGUGUGGGUUAUUUUGGGGUCAUGUUCCUCCUGAACAUCGCCAUGUUCAUUGUGGUGAUGGUGCAGAUCUGUGGCAGGAAUGGAAAGAGAAGCAACCGUACCCUUCGAGAAGAGAUUCUGAGAAACCUCCGCAGUGCAAUCAGCCUGACCUUUCUGUUAGGGAUGACGUGGGGAUUUGCCUUUUUUGCCUGGGGCCCCCUGAAUAUUCCUUUCAUGUACCUCUUCUCCAUAUUCAACUCAUUACAAGGUUUAUUCAUAUUUAUAUUCCACUGUGCUAUGAAAGAGAAUGUCCAAAAGCAGUGGAGGAGACAUCUCUGUUGUGGGAGAUUCCGUUUAGCGGACAACUCAGAUUGGAGCAAGACAGCAACCAACAUCAUCAAGAAAAGUUCAGACAAUUUAGGCAAGUCUUUGUCUUCAAGCUCCAUUGGCUCUAACUCCACCUACCUUACAUCCAAAUCUAAAUCAAAUUCAACUACGUACUUCAAAAGGAACAGCCAUCCUGAUAAUAUCUUUGUGGACAAAACUUCAGCAAAAUUACCCCACGACGAUGGAGAGCAAACAUCAAUCAUCCCAGUCCACCAGGUCAUUGACAAAGUUAAAGAUUACUGUAAUGCUCACUCUGACAACUUCUAUAAAAACAUCAUCAUGUCUGACACCUUCAGCCAUAGCACAAAGUUUUAAGAGUGCCCCUUCCCAUAGCAAGGGAAUCAGCAACAAAAUGCCAGGGAAAACGGGUGAUGACCCUACCGAGAAGGAAAAAUUGUUCCACCAACUGUAGAUGUUUUACCUGCCUAUGUUACCUGGCUACCAAAGCAGAGUUGAAAGCUGAGUUUUCAGGAUGAAUGUUUGUUAAAUAAUUGAAUGCAUCUCCUCAAUGCCUUAAUGCCAUGAUGGAGGAUUUUCCACCAUCCUCGGUGCUUCAGAUGGGUGGCAGCAAUUUGUCUGAACCAUAAAUUUAAGUUGAAGCAGACUUCUCGGAGUUGAGUAACAUUGACAGGUAGUGCUUGGAGCACUUAAAAAAGUUAACUGAAAAAAAAGAAAGUUUACCCUACUUAAGUUUCCACGAAUGUGAUAUUUUUUCUAUGUAAUAUUUCUCUUUUUCAAAAAGAACAUGUAUUUUCAUUACCAUGUUUGAUUACUCACCUGUCAGUGCUGGGUAUUUGUGUUUGUGUGUGUUUGUUGUAGGUAUGUGUGUGUUUUUUCCUGGUAGAAAGCUUCAAAUGGAGGUUAAAAUCUUCAGGACUGCCACAGAUUAAUUUCAACUACAAAUCAAAUGUAAUCUUGAAUUCUUUGGAACAAGAGCACAGAUGACUCUCCCAUUGCAUUCUAAAACUCAUUUUUCUAAGGAUUCUGGGCCAUGCAUAGUCAAGAAAGAGUGAGGUUCACCAAAAAAAACAUGCCUAUUCAUUUGUGUUACCAUUUUAUAGAGGUAUUCAGGCAUAACCCCCAAUGACAAUAGUUAAGUAUUCCCCAUGACAGUGAUGGUGCCCACCUUCCAGGUCAUCUGAUACAGAUCUAACCUACUAACAUGAACAUGACUGGCAUAUACCAAUGGCCACAGUGUCUCCAGUAUGCCUGCAAAGAAUUAUUUUCUAUCUCAUGUUAUUGGAAAGCAUACUGUGGAGAACCUAGACCUACUCUUUAAUUACCAAAGCUGUAGGUAGUUACAGAAGCUCUAGCCAGCCAAGUUUGGGAUCCCAAGUACGGCAAGCAGAUUCCAGGCUAUAGACAAACCACAUAAGGACCUUUGUCUGCCCAAGGGUUCCCCCACCCUCCCUUUCCACCCUAGCUGGUAUCCACCCCAGCACUUAAUACAGUGCCUGGCAUAUAGUAAGUGCUGUACAAAUACCAUUAUUAUUAUCAUUACCCUUAGCUGUCCCUAGACUCUUUUUUGAAAUAAAAGCAAGAUUCAUAGAGCCCAAGCCUAAGGUCCACCCAACUGUUAGGACACUUCAGUCAUGCAUACAGCAAUCAAGUAAUUGGAACCACUUUUCAUAGUAUCUGAAAACUACAUGAAUAAGGAGUUCACAGUGCCUGCUGGGAGGUUAUCUGCACUUGCUUCCUAUAUAUUAAAGCAAAAGUUAUAUGCACAUGCCCUUCCAUGGUAUGGGGUCAGUCAAUAAAUGGCAUUCAUUAAGUGCUAACUAUGUGCAGAGCAAUGUACUAAAGUCUUGGCAAAAUACAACUAAGUUGGUAGCUGUGAUCACUGCCCACAAGGAGCUUGCAGUCUACAGGAGAAACUUACAGAUGAUGUAAACAUUCUCUCCAGCUACCAUAAAAAGGGAUACUAGAAAGUACUUUGAUGUAGGUGAAGUAAGUUUUCACUGGUCCUUAAGACAUUUUCAGAAAAUACCUGCUUCCUAAGUGGUGAUCCAGCCAGAAUCCAUUUUCUAUGCUAAGUAAACUUUUCAAGAAACCCAUUUUUUCACAAAAAAAUUGGGCAAAACAAUUUGUAACAAUUGUACAUGAGCAUCUGAUAGUGUCAACGGUCAAGAGGCUGGAAUGCGCAGGCCGGCCCUUGAAGACAGCGGACUGAGCAAGAUGACUUUGGUGGUCUUUUCCAGCACUUUGAGUUGACAAUUUUUUUCUAAGCAGUUUGUCAUUUUGCCUAAAAACAUUUGAAAAUGCCUAACAAACCCUUCAACCAAAGGCUAUACACCACCAAUCUAGAUUUAUUCUUGAUACUCAGCUGGAAACAGGGAUGUUAGCCACUGGUUUUGAGGGGGAGUAACCAGUGAUGUCAUUUUCCAAGGGCUGUGGGUAAUAUGCCAUUUUGUUGCCCUUGUUAAAACUAUUUUCAUUUGUUAUUUUUAUGCAAUAUGGGAGCCAUUGGUUGACUGAUGGUGAAGGAAGCGCUUUAAAUAACAUAAAUGAGAAACAAGAAAUAACUGUAAAUCUUAGCUCUAGAGCAGGAAAACUCCACUGAAGUGAUAAAAUCUUUCCCUCAAAACCAUUUUAAUGAGAGAGAAUGGAAGUGGAACAUUAAAACGCAUAACUAAUGCCCUCAUGAUACAUAUUUGUGUUCACUUACCUUGAUUCUGCCUGUGAUUGCUUCACUUUGCUUUAGAGUCCUGAAAUAAAAUACAUAAAUAUUCAAAUUAGGGAGAGGGCAAAGUUCCUGGGUUGGGGAUAUAGGAACCAGCUGGGGUAACGGAAGGGAAAUUACUUCUGGAAAAUGAGGAAUUAAAAGUGAGAUGACCCUGGGACAAAUUUUGCCUUGAUUAUAAAUGAGCAAAUCUCACCUUCAUUUAGUACCUGUGCUAUGCAAGCUGAAUAGAGGGAGAAGAAUUUGGCUCAGGGAGCAUAAUGGCUAAAGCUUUCAGAUGAAUGUCUAGUCAGCCUAGAUUUUUCCUUAUUGAGCCUUUUUUUUUUACUACCAUGUAGUAGAGCCUUAAAUUGUCUGUCAGUCCAGUGUCCAGAAGUGCUGUCAAUUCCUGUCACCGUGGUUCGCAAUGUAAAGAUUUUGCUUUGUCUGCUGUUGACAUAGCCUCCCUUGUAUAUAUUUAUUUAUUUGUGUGGUUAAAAAUGUCGACUUUUAAAAAAUUCUUUAGUUUGUUCUAUCUCACCUUGUUAUUUUAAUUAAGCUUCUUCUGGCAGGGGAUGUGGAGAGGCCUUGUUUCUAUUUUCCGAACAUCUGGUGAAACAGUUGGCUACAGCGCUAUCUUUUACCGCAUGACCAGGAUGAAGAAAAACGACUGUGGGAGUAAAUUGAACUAUUAGUCAGUGGGCAGUUAGUACAGCUGAUCUGCCAUUUGGCCAAAAUGGAAAGAAAUGUUUUUCAAAUAAAUACUUAUAUUGCUCAUGUUCCAGAUUAUUAAAUUCCUUUAUGAGUAAA